AUGCCACAGAUCCUGUCGCUCAUGCAUGAUGGUCCUAAACAUGAUGAGGAUUGGCAUUUCAACUUGCCAGUUGGUAAACAUGAAUUAACAGCAGUGAACCAGCAGCAGUAUUUGAUGUCGUUGCGUGCUGUAAACCACAUCUUUCAUCAGUUGGUUACCCCUCUACUCUUUGAACACAUCAUUAUCUUCUCAGGCAGUCGAUUGAAUAUCAACGACGCAUUAGUGUUCAAACAAACUGGGAUAGAACGACUAGACAAGUUAUCAGUGGACCCUUCGCUUCGCCAAGUGGUUCGCAGACUAGAGUUCGGCGUCAUGCAAUUCCACUAUGGCUAUGUGAACGAUGAAGGAGAAUCCGAAGAGAAACACCUACAGUAUCUUGCACGCAUCUCGACACUCAUCCAUAGUACAUUACCGAGAUUUCCCAACCUCGCGGUUCUCAAGCUCGACUUUGGGAACAUUCUAUCUAGAUCCGAUGGGUGUAUCAAAGAUGAGGGCAGGGGUGGCACGCCAUAUUGGGUUCAGGAUACCAAGGAUCUCUACCGAUCAUUUUCUACGGCAAUAUCCAGGUCUGGGCUUGACAAGCUAGAAGAACUCGAUCUCUCAUUAUCCCUCGGACACGAUUACGGAUACUUUCUUGACGAUGAAAAUGAAGUGGAGAGUUCAUCGACAAGGUUUCUCUUCAAACAUCUCAAGCGUCUAAGGGUUGAUGUUGCGCACAAUACUGAAGAAGAAAGUUUAUCCCAUCAAGUCAACGCUAAAUAUGUCCAAGAAUUACUACCUCUGGCAUCGAAUCUUGAAUCUCUUAGAGUUGAGAGCCCAGGUUGGUUAAGACUCACCGCGUCAGCUCUUCCGCAUUCUCAUCUUCGGCUACUCUACCUUGAAUUUUCACGCAUAGCAGGAGAAGCACUUAUUUCGAUUAUUGAGAGAUGCACAAGUCUUCAAGAGGUUUUUCUGCACGAAAUUAUUAUCGAGUCUGGUACAUGGGAAGAGGUCUUUACAGCCUUGAGGAAGACAUCGAUUGUAGCACUUGACAUACACAAUUGCGGCUACGAAGUGGGCGGAUAUCCCAUCCAAUAUCUCCACAUGUAUUCCCAAAUCCAUAUUGCCACGACUCGCAUAGAGGAUUUGAAAGCCUGCGUGGCGGUGCUUACACAAGUGCAUGAGAACAUGCAACGGAUAUAUGGGGUAGCUAUGACAAGGUCCAUAUCAGUAUCUUCACAGCGGCUGAGCAAGCAGAAAAUCUUCGAGAGGUCUUGGAAGGGUCUCAGGCCGGUUCGCCGCAAGAUGAUUAUCCCGACGAAGGUGAUGAGAAUGUUUCUGACGACGACGACCCCCAGACAAUUGGUAACAAUCCAUCUGGUUCUGGAUAGGUCAUUUGCUGGUUACCUCAUCUAA